GUGCACAUCGAGUUUUUGAAGCGGCUCCGCGCCGCGAACUUGCUCGACUUCAGUCUCAGUGUUCGUCGUCGGGUAGGAUGCUUCAGCGCGUGGAAGAAGUCGGGCGCCCAGCGGCUGGCGCUCGUUGCCAGGAUCCCGAACUGCUUCUUCGAGGAACCCGACCCUGUGCAGCUGGCGAGCGGGGCGUGCUUCGCCAACCUCCAGUUGGACGCGGGGCCUCCGCUGGUGCUGGGCGGCGCCGACAUCAAGGUGGCCUUCUACGCCGUCGCGAUGCCCGAGGAGCUGCGGCACCUUUUCGGCUUCGAGCCCAUCAAGGCGUGGGAGCUCGGGGUGACGCGCGUGGGCGGGGAGGCCGUGGAGCCGGGCGACCGCGUCUUCCCGGUGAUCGCGGCGCUGCCCAUGGGCUGGGUGCUGGCGCUGCAGGCCUUCCAGUCCUUGCACGAGCUGCUGGCGCGUCGCGAGCCCGACGUGGACGAGCACAACGCGCUGGUGGAUGGGCGACCGCCUCCUGGGCUCGAGCCGAUCGCCCACACGGAGUGCGUGGACAACUUCGCGCGCUUCGGGAGGGGCCCCGCGGUCGUGAGGGACGUCGUCGCCCGGGUGCGCGGGCGCCUGGUCGCCGCGGGGCCCCCGACGCACGAGGCCCAGGGGAGCGUCGGCGGCGAUGCCCUCGGCUGGCACUUCACCGAGGGCGGCCGCUGCUCGAUGUCGCUGCGCACGGCGCGGCGGCUUCGGCAGGCGCCCCUGCGCGUCGUGAAGCUGGGCCGGGCGAGCGGGCGCGAGAUGUCAGCGCUGCUUGGUCACUUCACCACGCGGGGGCUGAUCCGACGCGAGGUGCUCUCGGCAUCCCAGGCUUGCUUCGCCUUCGCUCAGCAAUUCAAGUCUGGGCGGGGCCAGCUCUGGCCCUCAGUGCGUCGGGAGCUUCGCUGGAUGGCCUCGCCCGUCUUCGUCGCUGCUCGAGAGCUGGGCGCCCCCUGGUGUUCGAGAGCUCGCGUCUUCGAUGCGUCGGAGUGGGGGUGCGGGGUGAUGAGUAAGACGAUCGACACGAGGGACGUGCAAAUCAUCGGCUCGUAUAGCGAUAGGACGUCCUCGUUUCACAGCAAGCGCCACCUCAUCCUCGGAGAUGCCAUGGCCGUGAUCCUUUCGCGGACCAACGGCCGAGGCGCCUCUUCCGGGCUCUGCCGGGCCCUCCGGCGGUCCGCCGCCUUUGCGCUGGCCGCCAACCUGUACCCCGCGUGGCGAUGGCUACCCGCUGAGUGGGGCGCGGCCGACGCGGCCUCGCGCGGGCGCCGGAGCACCUGCGCUGGAGACUGGUCGAGGACCUCGUCCGCGGGUGCGGCGUCGACGACGGCCGCGACGAGCUCGCUGGGGACCUACGCUUCAACGGACGCGUUCCCAGGCGCAGGGGCGCGGCGCCCGCGCCCGCCCCGCCAGGCCCGCGUGGUCCGAGAGGUCGGGCUCGGGCGAGCGGCGCGCGGAGCGGCCCGCCGGGCGGCCCACCCGCCAGCGCCGCGGGCGAGAGCUGCCCAGGGUCAGCGGACCGUGCUGGAGCGUCGGUCGGCGCCCGCGCGGCAGGAGAGCGAGCACCGGGGCCAAUGCGACAGGAUCCUGAUUUGGGCAAAGCAGCAACGGCUCAGGACGAGCCGCCUGGAGGAUCUAGAGGCGACGUUGGUGGAGAUGCUGAACCAGAUGUUCUACGACGGCUGGAGGUCCAACACGGCCUCCAAGAUGGCGGCAGCGGUGGCGUACUUCCGCCCCGAGGCUGGGCCAGGCUGCUCGAGCCUCGCUCGAGUGCAGCUGGCCCGCUGGCGCCUCGACCCGCCGCCGGCCAGGCUGCCGCUGCCGUGGGCUGCGGCCUGCCUAGUGGCGCGGCGGCUGGCGCAGGGCGGGAGCUGGCACAUGGCCGCCGCCGUCCUCUUCGCCUUCAUCCACUGCUUGAGGCCAUGCGAGCUGCUCCGCCUACGGGAGUGCGACCUGGCGCCGCCUCCGCGACAGUCCCGCCAGCGAGGGCGCAGGUGGAGCGUGAUCCUCCACCCCCAGGAGCUCGCCAUCACCUCGAAGACGGGCGCCCGCGACGA